AAGAAUGCCUAUUCACGACACAAAAGUAAACAACAAACACUUUACGGCAGUAAAUAUGGCUUCGCACUUUAGCAGUGUGUUGCAGCUGACAGAUCUCGAUGAUUUUAUCACACCCUCUCAGGAAUGUGUCAAACCUAUUAAAAUAGAGAAGAAACAAGGAAAAUCUUUGGCCAAGAUUCAAAUAGAAGACGAUGGCAGUUACGUCCAAAUCAACCAGGAUGGUGGGAAGCAGAAGCUGGAGAAAGCAAAGAUCUCACUGAAUGACUGUUUGGCCUGCAGUGGCUGUGUCACCUCAGCUGAGAGUGUCCUCAUCACACAGCAGAGCCACGAGGAGCUCUUAAAAGUGCUGCGCAACAACAAGGAAAACGUGACAGAGCAGAAGGUGGUGGUGGUGUCGGUGUCACCGCAGUCCAGAGCCUCCCUCGCAGCAUACUUUGACCUCAGCAGUAGUGAGACAGGCAGGAGGCUCACAUCCUUCUUUAAAGGCCUUGGUGUUCAUCAUGUGUUUGAAACAAGCUUUAGUCGGACCUUUAGCCUGCUGGAGAGCCAGAGAGAGUUCGUGGAGCGUUUCCAGAGGAAGGAGCAGGAUAGUAACAGACUUCCCAUGCUGACAUCGGCCUGUCCAGGUUGGAUUUGCUAUGCAGAGAAGACCCAUGGCGAGUUUAUUCUUCCAUACAUUAGUACCACUCGCUCCCCCCAGGCGAUGAUGGGCUCUCUGGUUAAAGGCUAUUUUGCUGAACAAAAGGGACUAAGUCCACAGCAGAUCUACCACGUGGCAGUUAUGCCCUGCUUUGACAAAAAACUUGAGGCCUCAAGGUCAGAUUUCUACCUGGAAAAAGAUGAGACUCGAGAAGUGGACUGUGUCAUCACAUCUGGAGAGGUUCAGAAAAUGCUGGAGGAGAAAAAUGUGUCUCUUAAUGAUGUGGAACCUGCACCUCUAGAUACAUUGUUCAGCAGUGUGAGCGGGGGUGAGUUCCUGAACCAUGCUGGAAGCGGUUCAGGGGGUUACCUCCAUCAUGUCUUCACCUAUGCUGCUAAGCAGCUGUUUGGAGAGGAGGUGAAGGAUCUCACGUACAAGAUCCUCAGGAAUAAUGACUUCCAGGAAGUGACUCUAGAGAAAGAUGGAGUAGUCCUCUUGAACUUUGCUUCCACAUACGGCUUCCGCAACAUCCAGAACCUGGUGCAGAAACUUAAGAGGGGAAAGUCGCCUUACCACUUUGUGGAAGUUAUGGCCUGUCCAUCAGGCUGUCUAAAUGGUGGUGGACAGGUGAAGCCCAAACCUGGUCAAAGCCCAAAGGAGCUUCUCCAGAAGGUUGAGGAGCUCUACAAGGCAGAGCGCCCCCUAUCGCCAGAAGACGACACCCGUGUGGCCGAGCUGUACCAGUCCUGGCUCCACAGUGUAGGGGAGGAGAGAGCCAAAGAGCUGCUGCACACACACUACCACCCUGUGGAGAAGAUGAAAAAUGGACUCACUAUGAAGUGGUGAAGAAAUCUUUUGCUAAAAUCCAUGAGUUGCAGAUAAUCUUUCAGCAAACACUGACCACAGAACCGGCCAAAAAUAACUGACUAUUUCUGUCUCUCUUCCGGGUUAUGGGUAAAGUCAAAUAUAAGCUGUUUUGAUGUAUGCCAAAAACCUUUUAAGCCACUUCUCCCCUCGUCUAAAAAUGGUGUACCUGACAUAGUGGAAGACAAUGGGCGUAGAUAAUAGACACAAUGUUGAAGCAAAAUUAUUUAUUUGGUCUGAUUAUUUGCCAUUACAGUAUACUGCUGAUUGUCCUUUCAAAUGGAUAGUAAAUCAUUCGUUUGGGAA